AUGUCCGAUUCUGGUGAUGUGCGCUACCCAAACCCGGGCAGCCUUCGUGAUGCUGUCACAAAUGGUCCCGUUGUCGACAAUCUCAAAGCAGAGGUCUCUAAGACCUCUAGUGAAUUCCGCGAUCUGAAUAGUGCCCGUGUCAUCCCUUCAACCACAACCAGCACUGGCCAACCUCUGACGCACUACCACUCGCUCCUGUACAGCCUCUUGAGCUGGGAACAACCCCGCGCGACCGCUGUCUCCUAUGCCACCGUCAUCACCUUCAUCUUUGCCGCCCGUUACCUACCUCUGAUUCGCUGGGCUUUCAAGUUUUUGUACAUGUCGCUUGGCUUGACCGCCGGAGUUGAGCUUGCUGGUCAGAUCAUCCUCAAGCAGGGAAUUGCCAGCUCUUUCCGUCCUCGUCGUUACUACACUAUCCCUAAGGAGACCCAUGAAGCGAUCCUCGAAGACCUGUCUCAGCUGCUCGACUUCUUCGUGAUUGAGUUCCAGCGCAUUCUGUUUGCUGAGAACGUGGUGCACACCGUUGGAGCUUUUAUCGCUGCUUUCUCCGGCUACUGGCUUGUUCGCUUCGUUCCUCUCUGGGGUCUGGCCGUCAUCUCAGUGACCGUGGCCUACCUGGGACCUCUCAUCUACAUCAGCAACCGCGAGAUUAUCGAUGAACAACUCACCAACAUCCACCAGAUUGUCAGCUCGCAGACUACCCAGCUGAAAGAUCUCGCCGGCGAGCGCACUUCUCACGCCACUGGUGUCAUGAAGCAGUAUGUCGAUGAGUACAGCCACAAGGCCCAGGAGAUGAUUGGCCGUCGUUCUGCAUCCCCUGAGAUGACCAAGGCUCCUGCUCCGUCAAAGACACAACCCGCUGCGGAGCCCGCAAUUAAGUCUGAGCCCGCUAGUGAGCCCCUGUUGAAGGUCGAUCCUGCUACCGAACCCUUGAUCAAGACCGAAGUUGUGACUGAGCCUGUUUUUAAAUCUGAGGACUUCCCCGAAGCUCCCAAACUGGCGCCCAUCGCACAGUCAAUUGAGUCGGACGAGACCCCGUCUGCCGCUGCUGAGCGUGAGCCGUUGGUGGCUGUGUAA